UUGAUUUUUAAAUUAAAUAUAAAAGCAAGGCAAAAGAAGCUCGACAAAUCACUACAAUUUAAAAAUUUCUUUGCGUCUGACCGCUUAAAAAAAUUUCUAUUAAUUAUUUUCAAUUUCAACUUAUCAUUUAGAAAAACAUUUACAAAUAAUGGCUUCAUUACCACCAACUUUUGUCAAAGGCUUCCAUGAUGAACAAGCCGUACAAAAAAUGGAAUAUCGAGAUUUUGGAAAAACUGAUAUGAAAGUUUCAAGACUAGCAAUUGGUGGAGCAACUUUAAGCAGUUUAUUUGGUGAAAUAAACAAGACCACAGCAAUAGAAACAGUACGAUUGGCAAUAAAAAACGGUAUCAAUUAUGUUGAUACAGCACCAUUUUAUGGAGAAGGUGAAUCGGAACAAUUGCUGGGUGAGGCAUUAAAAGUGAUACCUCGUCAAUCAUACUAUUUGGCAACGAAAAUCGGGCGUUACUCACGAGAUUUCUCAAGGAUGUUUGAUUAUUCAGGCAAAAAAACCAGAGAAAGUGUAGAAAAAAGUUUAAAAUUACUGGGAGUCGAUUACAUUGAUGUAAUUCAAAUUCAUGACAUUGAAUUCGAGGAGCCCAUUGAUUUAAUUUUAAAAGAAACUUUACCAACUUUAGAAACUUUAAGGAAAGAGGGAAAAAUUCGUUACAUUGGUGUUAGCGCAUACCCAAUUGGUAUUUUGAAGGAAUGUAUUUCAAAAGCUGGUCCUGGCCAUUUUGAUACUGUUUUAAGUUACUCUCGAUAUACUCUUAUUGAUGAAACUUUAUGUGAUUUUAUACCAUUUUUCAAAGAGCAAAACCUAGCAAUUAUUAAUGCUGCAGUUCAUGGCAUCGGAAUAUUAUCAAAUAAUGGUCCACAACCAUGGCAUCCAGCCAGUGAAAAAUUAAAAAAUCAAUGCAAAAAAGCUGCAGAAAUUUGCAAACAAAAUGGUGUUGAACUUGGUAAAUUGGCUAUGUAUUAUGCUGCACAAUACCAGGAUACAGAUAUUUGUUUAGUCGGUAUGGCAACCCCAGAACUUUUAAAAAUUAAUUUGGAUGCUGUUCUAAAUGGUUUAAAUGAAAAAGAAACACAAAUUUUAAAACUUAUAAAAAAAGAAAUUUUCAUACAAGGAAACCAACAUUGGGAAGGUGUUGAGAUUAAGGCAUAUAAAGAAUGGAAAUCCAAAAAUAAGGCAUGAAAAUUUUGCGUAUUAUGAGAUCCUAGUUCCAUAACUAUGUUCAAAUAUUUUCGCCCAAUAAGCUUUUACCCAAUAUUUAUUUUUUGAUUACAUAUGUAUAUAGAGGUGUGCACAAAAAUUGUAAAUAAAUUAAAAAUAAAGUUUCCCAAAUAAAAGAUCAAUUUUCUCAUUAUGGAAAAAACUUAAUGUGAA